AUGCGAUCGGAGCUUUUGUGGAUGAUGGGGCGUGCAGCUGCUGUUACGAGCUUUGGAUCUCGGGAGGAGGAGGAAGAGGAGGAGGUGGAGGAGGAGGAGGAGGUGGAGGAGGAGGAGGAGGAGGAGGAAGAGGAAGAAUUUGUGUCUCUAUCCAUUGAUCCAAACUACCCAGCUAUUCCACCAACACACUCGUUCCUGUCCCCCAUCACACUCCAUCACUCGAGUUCUCUAACAUCUCUAGCUCCGGCAAUUGAAGUGCCGCGCUAUGACCAUCCAGUUGACGUUGACCCAUUCUGCCAUGCAUGCAAGCAACGUGCGAACGAGAGCCCCAAACCAAAGAAACGGUAUCUCCGCUUAACUAACCUUAACUUGCUUAUCUGGCUUGUCUUCGGUGCACACUCACUUCGGUCGCCUCUUGUCUCUCGACGACGCUUGAGGCUUGCCCCCAGUGGCUCGAGAGGGAAACUACACCGCGGGCGCACAACUCCUAUUUUUUGUUCACGAGGUAAAAUCUCAAUGCCGAGAGGGGGACCCGUGUGUCUAAAAUGUCUUGCCCGGCGACUCCCGUUCGGCGGCACGGGGGACAUGCUCAAUCAGCGCUCAACCACCGUUGAUCAGGCCAAUGAGUCUUUGGGGAGGGAAUAUAUAACACUCUUUUUCUAUACCUUCGCUUUCUACUACACAUUCAAAAAAAUGCGUUACUCUAUGGUAUUGGCAGCUAUUGUCUGCGCGACAACUUUCGUCUCCGCCGCCCCUUUGCCCUUGCCCCACGGCCCCGACGUCGCUCUCCCUUGUAUUGAUGACUGUGUCAAGAACCUUGUGGGAAACAACGUCGAGAACAACACCGAGGGUCUCCCAGAGCUUCCAAGCGGAUCUGAUGUUCCCAGCGGUGGAGCUCCUGCCGUCCCCAACGGCGGUCUCCCAUCAGCACCAACUGCUCCGGGUCUCCCCCACCCAGAUGGCGGUCUCCCAUCGGCACCAACUGCUCCGGGUUUCCCCCACCCAGACGGCGGGAUGCCUUCUCUCCCAGGAUCCCCCGUAGCACCCGGAUCACCCGAGUCUGUGAACACUCCUCAUGCACCCAACGUCCCGGGUAGUCCCCACGAUGGUCUUCCAUCAGCCCCGACUGCUCCAGGUUUCCCCCACCCUGACGGCGGCCUCCCAACUGGCGGCCUCCCAACUGGCGGUCUCCCAACUGGCGGUCUCCCAACUGGCGGUCUCCCAACUGGCGGCCUCCCAACUGGCGGCCUCCCAACUGGCGGUCUCCCAACUGGCGGUCUCCCAACUGGCGGUCUCCCAACUGGCGGCCUCCCAACUGGCGGCCUCCCAACUGGCGGUCUCCCGACCGGUGGUGUCCCAACUGGCGGUGACUCUUCGGUCCCAGGUCUAGAUGGCAUGCCGGGCCAGUCCAACGAGUCCAAUGGCAUUAACGUUGUCCAGAUCAACACUGCCGGUAGCCUUGUUUCCGGACCUACCGAUGGUCUCUCUGGGCUUCCAAUUGGCGGUGCCCCCGGACUCCCAUCCGGCGGUCACUCCGAUGAGGGCCACGACCAUGACAGCCCCGUCACCAUCCCCGGUGACGAGGGCGAUGACAGCGACCACGAGGGUGAGGACAGUGACAACGAGGAUGAUGACAGCGACCACGAGGGCGACGAUGAGGGUGUCACCACCCCUGGCGACAGCGACAACGAGGACGACGACAGCGAGGAGGACGGUAGCGAGCCUUCCGGCCAUGGAACUCCCUCAGUUCCAUCUGUCCCGUCGACUGAUGCUCCCUCCCACCCAUCUGUCCCAUCGACUGGUGCUCCCUCAGUCCCAUCUGUCCCAUCGACUGGUGCUCCCUCAGUCCCAUCUGUCCCGUCGGAUGAUGCUCCGUCCCACCCAUCUGUCCCGUCAACUGAUGCUCCCUCCCACCCAUCUGUCCCAUCUGCCCCGUCGACUGAUGCUCCCUCCCACCCAUCUGUCCCAUCUGUCCCGUCGGCUGAUGCUCCGCCCCACCCAUCUGCCCCGUCGACUGAUGCUCCCUCCCAUCCAUCUGUCCCGUCUACCCCAUCCACUGAUGCUCCCUCGGUCCCAGCUACCCCUGAGCACCCUGUAACUGAUGGGAAUGCCCCAUCUAUGCCUGAAGGCGGUGAUUACACUCACCCAGAGGGUGGCCAGACCAACGAAAGUAAUGGCAUCAACGUUAUCCAGCUCAACAACGCCGGUGGGCUCGUCGGUGCUCCUUCUCCCAGUGGCCUCCCAUCCGGCAGUGACCUCCCAUCCGGCAGUGACCUCCCAUCCGGUGGUGACCUCCCAUCCGGUGGUGACCUCCCAUCCGGUGGUGACCUCCCAUCCGGUGGUGACCUCCCAUCCGGUGGCGCUCCUUCGGUCCCCGCCGGUGGUGCUCCUUCGGUCCCCGGUGCCUCUGAUGUAACUUCCGAGCUCCCCCACGUUGAAAACCCUGUUCCCUGUGUGGGCGAGUGCCUCGGAAAGGCCACUGACGGCGCUCACCUUCCUGGUGCCCCAUCUGCCCCAUCUGCUCCUCACUUCCCCGAUGUCAUUCCUGACAAGGAGGUCUCCGUUGCCGACUGCAGAGACAACAAAGUUGUUUCCGUUAAGAAGGAGGGUCACGAGGUUGAGGGUGAGGUUGUAGGAUACGAGGUUGAGGCCGAGGGCAAGCACGAGCACCCCGAUGCCGAGGGUGCCGCGAAGGGUGCUAAGGAGACUGCCACUGGUGACAUCCACCAGGAUAAAGAGGUUGAUGCUGGUACCGCUGAGGUUGAGUUCGAGAACCACAACAACGAUGACUAG